AUGUCGACAUACGCUGGGGAUACCUCGAUUUUUCACACAGGACUGAGAGCAAAGAAAUACCGGGACCGGAAACGUGAAUCAGAGAAACAAAAAACACAGCAAGUGGAGGUAAAGACUACGCCGAUUGAGGGCGCACCAGCAGAUGCGUGCUCCGAAAAUGAGAAAUUGCCGAGCGAGCGGUGGGAAGAGGGGAAGCAUGAGCCGAGCGAGUGGUCAGAAGAUUCGAAGCAUAGGCCGAGCGAGCAGUCGGAAAAUGGGAAGCAUGAGCCUAGCGAGCGGUCGGAAGAACGGAAGCAUGAGCCGAGCGAGCGGUCGGAAGGGAAGCAUGAGCCGAGCGAGCGGUCGGAAGAACGGAAGCAUGAGCCGAGCAAGCGGUCUGAAGGGAAGCAUGAGCGUAGGGAGCGGUCGGAAGAACGGAAGCAUGAGCCGAGCGAGCGGUCGGAAGAUGGGAAGCAUGAGCCGAGCGAGCGGUCGGUAGAUGGGAAGCAUGAGCCGAGCGAGCGGUCGGAAGAGGGGAAACAUGAGCCGAGCGAGCGGUCGGAAGAUGGGAAGCAUGAGCCGAGCGAGCGGUCGGAAGAUGGGAAGCAUGAGCCGAGCGAGCGGUCGGAAGAUGGGAAGCAUGAGCCAAGCGAGCGGUCGGUAGAUGGGAAGCAUGAGCCGAGCGAGCGGUCGGAAGAGGGGAAACAUGAGCCGAGCGAGCGGUCGGAAGAUGGGAAGCAUGAGCCGAGCGAGCGGUCGGAAGAUGGGAAGCAUGAGCCGAGCGAGCGGUCGGAAGAUGGGAAACAUGAGCCGAGCGAGCGGUCGGAAGAGGGGAAACAUGAGCCGAGCGAGCGGUCGGAAGAGGGGAAACAUGAGCCGAGCGAGCGGUCGGAAGAUGGGAAGCAUGAGCCGAGCGAGCGGUCGGUAGAUGGGAAGCAUGAGCCGAGCGAGCGGUCGGUAGAUGGGAAGCAUGAGCCGAGCGAGCGGUCGGAAGAGGGGAAGCAUGAGCCGAGCGAGCGGUCGGAAGAGGGGAAACAUGAGCCGAGCGAGCGGUCGGAAGAUGGGAAGCAUGAGCCGAGCGAGCGGUCGGUAGAUGGGAAGCAUGAGCCGAGCGAGCGGUCGGAAGAUGGGAAGCAUGAGCCGAGCGAGCGGUCGGAAGAGGGGAAGCAUGAGCCGAGCGAGCGGUCGGAAGAUGGGAAGCAUGAGCCUAGCGAGCGGUCGGAAGAUGGGAAACAUGAGCCGAGCGAGCGGUCGGAAGAGGGGAAACAUGAGCCGAGCGAGCGGUCGGUAGAUGGGAAGCAUGAGCCGAGCGAGCGGUCGGAAGAUGGGAAGCAUGAGCCGAGCGAGCGGUCGGAAGAUGGGAAACAUGAGCCGAGCGAGCGGUCGGAAGAUGGGAAGCAUGAGCCGAGCGAGCGGUCGGUAGAUGGGAAGCAUGAGCCGAGCGAGCGGUCGGAAGAUGGGAAGCAUGAGCCGAGCGAGCGGUCGGAAGAGGGGAAACAUGAGCCGAGCGAGCGGUCGGUAGAUGGGAAGCAUGAGCCGAGCGAGCGGUCGGAAGAUGGGAAGCAUGAGCCGAGCGAGCGGUAG